GGGUACGCGAAUUGGACUUGGCAUAGACGUUGGCUUUCUCGGGUUGACAACCCCCUCGCAGCACCCAACAGAGGGACAUAAAUAUGGGCUGUUGCCCACUGUCGCAAUCCCAAGUGUGCUAGCCUCUCUCUACCUCUCCCAGCUCAGCACCCCAGCAUACACCCAUCCUACCCUAAGUCACCCAUCAUGUCAGCGCCCGUCAACGGCAUAUCAGCGGCCGGCCGGCGGCUCUACUGGACACUACAAGGCCCCUUGCCGCUGGCCUCUUCGGUCGUCUCGGUCAUGCCCGAGAACCUGAACCCGGACGCGCCGCACGAGCCCUACUAUCGCGGGCAGACGCCGGCCGACGCCGGCACGGCCGCGGCCUGGCACCCCAUCUCUCAGGAGCCCAUCACGGAGCGGCCGGUGGCGUCGCUUUCGGUGGUGGAGGUGAAUUUGGAUUACUGGCGGGACGGCUGGUACGACACCAACAUAGAGCCCAACGACGACCUGUACCCCUCGGACCAGGAGGAGUUCGAGGGCAUGCCCCCCAAGUUCGACCCGGUGGUGGUGACGGCGUCCAACGGGCAAUUCGUCACCAUCCACGACUACCUGUCCACCGUGCACCCAUGGCUGGUGGAACGUCGGCUGCUCAUCCUUCAAUCCAGGUACGAGCUCCUCGACGACAAUAAGGUGGUGACGGGCGACGAAAGAAUCCUCAUCUUCGCGGACCCGCCCGACGGUGUGAAUGCCGAUCUCGAAGACGAGUGGCUACGGGGCUUGAGGUGGAACUUUGAGCGAGAGCGACAGCGGCAGCAGGAGCAGCAGCAGCAGUAAAUUAUGGAUUAAAGAAGGUAUCAGAAGGAAACCCCCGCGUGUGGCACGUCGCAGAUCACGUUUAAUUGAUUGAUUAUCUAUUCCAUUAAACAUUCACCGCCUACUACCCCAUCAAACACCCAU